AUGGCUACAUUGGAUAAACUCUUGUCUAAAUUAGACAUCGAAGAGAGUGAUGAACUUUACUCUCAAAUUGAAGAAGCCGCUUUCAAAACAUUACCAAAAAAUAUAAAAAUUUAUUUAGUUGCAUUAAUCAAAAAGGAUAUGUAUGUUAAAGCUUAUGAGUGUUUACAAAAAUAUAAAGAUUACAUUUUGAGUAACGUUGAAAAUUCCCAUUUUUAUUUGGAACAAUUAUAUAUUUAUUAUAAAUUAAACAAAAGAAAAGAAUUUGAAGACGUUUUAUCCUUUAUAGAUGGAGAAGGUUCCAAGAGGGUAAGUGAUUUUGAAAAAAAGGGUAUUUUGCACUUGAGAGCGCAAUUUUACUAUAAAUGUGGUGAAUCUGAUAAAGCUUUUCAAAUUUACACCCAGUUAAUUGCCCUAUCUUUAUCCCAGACUUCUACUAGCGCUAGUUUAGACGAUCCCUUGGAAUUAGCCGUUAACCAAGCAUGUACUUCUAAUAAUGCCACUUUUACAACUAUUACAAACAUGGAAUUACCUUAUUCCUAUGAUUUAUUUUUGAAUAAAGCUAUUCUUGCUACUAAAACUGGUCACUUUGAUUUAGCCGAAAAUUUUUUAUACAAAGCCAAAGAUUUAGCUCAAGAAAAGGACGAAUUAUCCAUGGUGGAGUUGCAAUUGGCUUACAUUAAAAAGGAUGAUAAUAAAGCUAAAAAACAAAUUUUAAAUAAACUUUUAAGUAAACAUGAAAACGGUCUAAUUCACGUUUUAGCUAAAAAUAACUUGAAAAGUUUGGAAUCACCAUUUUCUACGGUUUUAAGUAAUCUACCAUUGGUUUUACGUGACAUGGAAAUGUCUUCAAUAAAUGAAUUACGUAGCAAAUUUAAAUUUUCGCCGCAAGAAAAUAAUAUCAUAUGGAAUAAUGUUUUAUUACUAAAAUUGUUUUCAAAUUCUUCCAUUGGAUGUUCAAAUAUGUCGAAUAGUUCUUCUUUACAAUAUGCUUUAACUAAAUAUAAGGCUAUAGUAAAUGAUAUUGUCAUGGAACCUUAUAAAACUCAAGCCAAAAAAUUUUACCAUUAUCUAAUUAAGAAUAUUGGCAACUUUAAAGCUGAAAAUUAUUCCAAUAAUUUGGCUUUAUUGCUAUUGGCUGUUCAAUUGCAGAUAAAAGCUAAAAAUUUAGACAAUGCUAUAAGGUUAUGUGAAUUAUUCUUUAACAAGUAUGCACAAGAGUUUAAGAUUUAUUCUUUUGUUCUAUCCUUAGUAUUAUUACAGUUGUACAAGCAGGAAAACAGAAAAGAGUCACUUACCAGAUUGUUAACAAGUUUACUUGAAAUAUUUGAGACGGAUUGCAACAUAUCAGGUGCUGAAGAUUUCUGGGAAUUUAUCCACUACAAAUUAGUAGAACUUGGUGAUAUAAAAAAUGCUAAUAGAAUUAAAUUGCCACAUUUUGAUGACACUAGUGAUGCUUCAAGUAACAAGGUUAAGUUGAAUUUAGAUACAAUUGAUAUUUCUCAUUUAAUUAGUCGUGGUAUCACUCCAUUCAUGAAGGGGAAAACAAAAACUAACAGUAAUAAAAUCGUUAAACCGCGGUUAAAGAAGAAAAGGAAACAAAAGAAGAUUAGUUAUAUGCUUAAAAAAUCUAAAAGAUUACCAAAGAAUUACGAUCCAAAUGUUAAGCCUGAUCCCGAGAGAUGGUUGCCGUUAAGAGAUAGAUCCAGUUAUAAACCAAGUAAAAAGGAGAAAAAGUUAGGUAUCAAGAGGACUCAAGGUGGUAUCAACGAAAAGAAAUUAGAAAAACAAUUGGACAUUACAAAGAAAAAGAAAGUAAACGUUAAAAAGGGUGUUAGCGGUAAGAAAAAAAAAGGUAAUCGCAGGUGA